AUGUCUUCCGACCUCCAAGAUCGAAUUACUGCCGCAAGGCGCGAGGCUGAAGGGUUGAAGGAGAAGAUAAAAAGAAAGAAGGAUGAGCUUGCAGAUGCUGAUUUGCGACAACUUGCUAAGGAACAAGUUGAAGCAUUGCCACGAACCUUGAUGAAGAAUCGUCGCACCUUGAAAGGUCACUUAGCCAAGAUAUAUAGUAUGCAUUGGAGCACUGACCGCCGACAUCUUGUCUCCGCCUCCCAGGACGGGAAACUCAUUAUCUGGGAUGCCUACACGACAAACAAGGUUCAUGCCAUUCCUCUUCGAUCGUCAUGGGUGAUGACUUGUGCAUAUGCACCUUCGGGUAACUACGUUGCUUGUGGUGGUCUUGAUAAUAUCUGCAGUGUCUACAAUCUUUCUGCACGCGACGGACCCACUCGCGUUGCCCGAGAGUUGUCUGGACAUUCCGGAUAUUUGUCAUGCUGUCGGUUUUUGAAUGACAGACGUAUUCUUACAUCGUCCGGCGAUAUGACCUGCAUGCUUUGGGACAUCGAUACCGGUGCUAGAAUUACCGAUUUUGCCGACCAUCUUGGAGAUGUCAUGAGCCUUAGCGUUAACCCAACAAAUUCUAACAUUUUUGUCUCUGGUGCCUGCGACGCCUUCGCAAAACUGUGGGAUAUUCGUACCGGAAAGGCAGUACAGACAUUUGCUGGCCAUGAAUCCGAUAUCAACGCUGUGCAAUUCUUCCCUGAUGGCAAUGCAUUUGGUACUGGAUCCGACGAUGCGACUUGUAGGCUGUUCGAUAUCCGCGCUGACCGAGAACUCAACAUCUAUUCGUCGGAACAAAUAUUAUGCGGCAUUACUUCCGUUGCAUUCUCUGUUUCCGGACGUCUCUUGUUCGCGGGAUACGACGAUUUUGAGUGCAAGGUUUGGGAUGUUCUUCGAGGAGAAAAAGUUGGUGCCCUGGUUGGCCAUGAGAACCGCGUCAGCUGUUUGGGUGUCAGUAAUGAUGGCAUCAGUCUUUGCACUGGAUCGUGGGAUAGUUUCCUCCGAAUUUGGGCAUGGUAA